AUGGGGAACACAAAAUUUUCAAAUACAGAAGCCAAGCCACAUUGUAUUUCUCAAAAGGCAGAAUCCUCUCUUGUUGAAGGUGUCAGAUCAGCUAAAGGUGCCACUAUCCUGACACUUAGCUGUCAAAUAACAUCGCCUGCUACGGCCACGGGUGGGUCACCUUCACGAAACACGGACGCGAGGUCAGCUCCUUCACGAAACACGGACGCGAGGUCAGCUCCUUCACGAAACACGGACGCGAGGUCAGCUCCUUCACGAAACACGGACGCGAGGUCAGCUCCUUCACGAAACACGGACGCGAGGUCAGCUCCUUCACGAAACACGGACGCGAGGUCAGCUCCUUCACGAAACACGGACGCGAGGUCAGCUCCUUCACGAAACACGGACGCGAGGUCAGCUCCUUCACGAAACACGGACGGUCCAGCGAAAUAUCAAAUCACACACACUGGGCCUCGCACACCCUCGGAAUGCCGUGCUGCAACCUCAUCCUCGACCUCAACCUCAGCCGCAGACAACACCUCGUCCUCGACCUCAAACUCUGCCACAAACAAAACCUCAUCCUCGAGCUCCUUUUCCUCAUCAGCGUCAAUCUUCACCUGUCUCGACCUUAGCUUUAAGCUCGACCUUGAGCAUGGUCUGAAACUCACCCUCGACCUUAGUUGCAACCUCACCCUCGAACUCAGCUGCAACUUCACCCUCGAACUCAGCUAUAACCUCACCCUCGACCCCGAUCUCAGCUCCCUCUCGACCUAG